AUGGCCCUAGAGAAUGUGUGCAACUGGCAGGCUGCUGAAGCCCUGAGCCCUCGUUUGCCUGGGGCUGGGGACUGGGCUGUUCCCAGGGGAUAUGACCCCCGGGUCUUUCUGCAGACACAGGGGCCAGAACUGGCACAUGGAACCACCACACUGGCCUUCCGGUUCCGCCAUGGUGUCAUUGCUGCGGCUGACACUCGCUCCUCCUGCAACUCGUAUGUAGCCUGCCCCUCGUCCCAGAAAGUCAUUCCAGUCCACCGGCACCUUAUAGGCACAACCUCGGGCACCUCGGCUGACUGUGCCACCUGGUACCGGAUACUGCGACGGGAACUUCGCCUUCGGGCUCUAAGGGAGGGUCGGCUGCCCAGUGUGGCAGGGGCUGCCAAGCUUCUCUCAAGCAUGCUGUUCCGUUACCGGGGGUUGGGGCUAUGUGUGGCCACAGCCCUGUGUGGUUGGGACCAGGCUGGCCCUGCCCUCUUUUAUGUCUACAGUGAUGGGACCCUCCUGGGGGGUGACGUCUUCUCUGUGGGCUCUGGCUCACCCUAUGCCUAUGGCGUGAUGGACCGUGGCUACCGCUAUGACAUGACCAUUGAGGAGGCUUACACCCUGGCUCGCCAAGCUGUGGCCCACGCUACCCGAAGAGAUGCCUAUUCAGGUGGCUCUGUGGACCUGUACCACGUGAAGGAGAGUGGCUGGGAGCGCGUGUCUCGGGAGGAUGCCUGCAUGCUCUACUUCAGGCUGCAGGAGACUAGAGACCAGGAGGAAGAGACCAGUCCUACAUCCCACUGA